GUAAUUCCACAUUCGAUCGCCAACAUUGAAAGUCUUUGGGUGACGCUGGUACUUGCCUUUCGCACACAAAUUUCACUGAAAGCACAACAAAACGCGUGAAAGUGAGGUAGUGGGAAGAACGCUGAAGAAACAGUAAAAUUUUGCCGAAAAGUAUAAUACCAAAAACAAAAACUCCAAAAAAACAACAAAUAAUAAAAGCUGAUCGCAGUGCAAGCAUUAUAUUGCCUUAUCAUAUCGACAUCUAAAGCAACAUUAGACAAUUAGUAAGCAAACAAAAAAGCAACAACAAGAGCAAUAAUAUAACAACACAACUAUGUCAAACGAAACAACAACUACAGCAACAACACAAAAAGCAGUCGAUGAGAUUGAUAAGAUACGUCUCAAUCUAGCCGAUGAUUGGAAAGUGCUGGGCACCGUCUAUCAAUUGUUGAAUAAUGAGAAAGCGUUUUGUGUGACCGAUGACGACCGCGACGCGGUAAAAAUUGUCGACUUUAAGCAGCCGGACGAAAUGAAGCAAUUGAUUGACCUCAGCAUCGAUGAGCACAAAACACAUAGCAUAGAAGAGAUAAAGGACUUGUGUCGGCUGGUAAUUAAAUAUUCAGUAAAAACCAAUCAUGGCCGGUUUCAUAAUCAGCUGUUCGGUCAAAUGGAUCCAUAUGGUUUGAUGGGGCAAUGGAUCACCGAUGCGCUCAACGCAAGCGCUUAUACGUAUGAAGUAGGCCCUGUCUUUACGCUGAUGGAAACGGAAAUCAUACGUACCGUUUGCCAAUUGGCUGGUUAUAUUGAAGGUGAUGGCAUCUUCUCACCUGGUGGCUCCAUAUCUAAUAUGUAUGGCCUUGUCUUAGCUCGCUAUAGUCGUCACCCUCAAGUGAAGACAGCUGGCAUGUUUGGCAUGCGUCCACUUGCUCUCUUUACAUCUGAAGAGUCACAUUACAGCUUUGUUAAAGCCGCGCAUUGGCUGGGUCUAGGUGCCGAUAAUUGUGUUGUUGUCAAAACAAAUGAACGCGGUCAAAUGUUAACAAACGAUUUGGAGGCUAAAAUUUUGAAAGCGCAAGAGUCGGGAUGUGAGCCGUUUUUUGUGAAUGCUACCGCUGGCACCACCGUGUUGGGAGCGUUCGAUGAUCUCAAUGCGAUAGCGGAUGUGUGUGAAAAAUAUGGCUUGUGGUUGCAUGUGGAUGCAUGUCUUGGCGGUUCUGCGCUGCUCUCUUAUCGAAAUCGUCAUUUGUUAGCCGGUCUCGAUCGCACUAAUUCUUUUGCCUGGAAUCCACAUAAAUCACUCGGCGCACCACUGCAAUGCUCACUCUUUUUGACACGCGAGCGUGAUCUACUCACACGUUGUAAUAGCAUACAGGUGAACUAUCUCUUUCAGCAGGAUAAAUUUUACGAUGUAUCCUAUGAUACAGGCAAUAAGAGUAUACAGUGCGGACGUAAAAUUGAUGCUUUUAAAUUUUGGUUAAUGCUGAAGGCGCGUGGUUACGGCUGUUUCGGACGUUUGCUUGAUCAUUCCAUAGAUAUUUCGAAAGUUCUGGUUGAGAAAAUCAGGCAACGUGGUAGCGAACGCUUUCGCUUGGUUUUGGAAGAUAACCAAUAUAUGAAUGUUUGUUUUUGGUACAUACCAAAGGCGCUGAGGGGACUAAAAGAAACGCCGGAGUGGCGAGAGCGUUUAUAUACGGUCGCACCCAAGAUUAAAGAGCGUAUGGCUUAUAGCGGUACCGUGAUGAUCGGUUAUGCGCCAUUACAAUAUCGUGGCUUGGGUAACUUUUUCCGCAUGGUAUUUACUUGUUUCCCAGUGCUAGAGGAAGCAGAACUAGAUUUUAUUUUGAAUGAAAUCGAGCGCUUGAGCGAAGAGUGUGAGUAUUAAUCGGUGAUAGUUUAGUUAUUUCAUUACAACUACAACUAAGACUAUUUCAUAAGUUUUAUUUUAGUGUCUAUUUCAUUUUUUUAAUUUUAUAUGAAGUUAAAUAAAUAAUAAAAUAUAUGAAAA